UUCGUUGAGGCCAACUACAGGCUCAGUAUGCCUUGCGAUCGAUGCCGCGUUCGUCAUUAUCGAUGUGACGGAAAACGGCCGAGUUGCGAACGCUGUGUUAAAACCAAGAAAAUUUGCCUUUACGAUACUGGCCGGCGAUUCAGGCGGUCAUCAGCGCAGGAGUCUUUUAGCAGUACGCAGCCAUGGGUCCGAUUCCCACCAAGACUGAGAUUCCACGAUGAGUCUCGAGAAAUACGAUCUCAAUAUACGGAAGAAGUGAUCAACGAAGAAACGGAGGACGUGGAAGUACAAUCCGCGCACAGUCUUGAUCUCGAUCAAGUGCAUGAGCGAAGUCCCCCUGGGUCCUCGAACAAUUCACACGAAGUUCUGCCUGUGUUGUCACUUCUGAAUUCAGAAUCCCCCACCCGAGACAAUUUAGCACCACCGGAAAUUUCUGUCACCCUGAACAACUUACCAGUACCAGACUCGAGGAUUGAAUCUGAAGAUACAAGUACUUUCGUAUACCAGCAACCACCAGGUGUUCCAGUACUUUGGCCUCUUGACCAUGAGCAGGAAGCCAUGUUACUCCAGCAUUAUAUCGAGAAUGUUGCCUUGUUUUUUGACAUGAUGGAUUCUAGGAGCCAUUUCGGUGUCCAUGUAGUUCACCGUGCGAAGAACAACAGCACAUUAAUGAAUGCCAUACUAGCAUUAUCGGCACGACAGCUAAGCCGUACAACUGACUUCGAUGCCUAUGUUGCUGAUGCGUAUUAUUCACGCUGUUUUGAGACACUGAUACCGGCAUUGAAUGAUGAUGUGGCGAGUCGUGACGAAUCUCUCCUAGCCGCCACCAUCAUCUUACGCUUGUUAGAAGAAAUGAAUAUAUCGGUAACUGGCUCUGACCCACAAGGGCACCUGUUCGGCACCCAGGCCAUUAUCAGUGCAGCUGAACAUUUCUACGCGGCUACAUCCGGCCCAAACUUCAGACAGGCAAUUUAUUGGGCAGCUUUUCGCCAGGAGCUAUGGAUUUCUCUAAUGACGCAACGCGCUUUCCAGCUACACAUAUUUCCAGCGGAUCGCUCAUUCGACCCUGCAGAUGACUCCAUCUGGGCAACAAGAACGAUUGCACACCUCGGGGAUGUUUGCAACUUCGCGUUCGGUGAACAGAGACACAGCGUCAUAAGAUACGAUCAGCUCAUGGAAGAGAACAAAUCUUGGAGAAUGCAACGACCGGACAGCUUCGACCCCUUCUUUCACCGCCAAGAUCGCGAUGGAAGUGGGCGUUCGUUCCCCGAUAUACGAUUCCAUGAAAAGACCCAUGUUAUGGGACAUCAAUAUAAUACGUUGGCGCACCUACUUUUAGUCGUUCACAACCCUAGCAUUCCGCAGCUUGGGCCUUCUCACAAGCAUGCACGAAGAGUUGUGGAUCAAACGGUGCAGGACCACGUACGUACUUUAUGUGGCGUGGCAAUGUCCAACCACAAGGUGUACCCGGGUAAAUUUGUUGCAUGCUUCGCAAUCGCACUUGUUGGGGAUCGGUUCACUUCCAGAAUUGAUCAAGAGUGUUUACGCGAUUUGUGGUAUGCUUGUGAACGAUCACAUGGGUUUCCACCGACAACCACCAUCCAUCAAUUGGAAGACUCCUGGGGGUGGAAUGAGUCUUCGUGA